AUGAAAAGCCAGUUGAAACGACUGGAAAAGGAGCCAGAAUUGUUGAAAGAGUACGAUAGGAUAAUAAGAGAUCAGGCAGAGCAGGGAAUCAUAGAGCAGGUACCAAGUCUUGAGAAAGCAGGCAAAGUUCAUUAUCUACCUCACCAAGCAGUAAUUCGUAAAGAUGCAGUGACAACUAAGGUACGCAUAGUGUAUGACGCGUCCUCGAAAGGAAUAAAAUCUAAAACAUCGCUUAACGACUGUUUGCAUGUUGGACCAUCGCUCAAUCCAUUGCUUUACAGUAUAUUGUUACGUUUCAGAGAAAAUAGAGUAGCAUUAGUAGCAGACAUCGAAAAGGCAUUUUUAAAUGUAGAGGUAGACAAGGAAGACCGAGACUCUCUGAGGUUUUUAUGGGUGAAUGAGAUUGCAAGCAGCGAUAGGGAGGUAAUGGUUUACAGAUUUUGCCGUGUAGUAUUCGGAUUAAACUCAUCGCCAUUUUUACUGAAUGCCACCUUGAGGCAUCAUGUCUCAAAGUACAAAGAAAUAGACCCAGAGUUUGUACGUAAGGUUCUUGAAAGCUUUUAUGUGGAUGACCUGGUCAGUGGAGAGAGAAGUGAAGGAAAGGCAUUUAAGUUGUAUGAGAAUACAAAGACUAGGAUGGCAGAAGGAGGGUUUAAUCUAAGGAAAUGGCUAACAAAUAGCAAAGCAUUGAGUGACCAGAUUGAUCGGAAAGAGAGAGGGAUAGAUAAGACAAACCCAGAUGGCGGGGGAGAGAGUGAGACUUAUGCAAAGUUUUCAUUAGGAACAAAGGGGGCCGACUCUAAAUGCCAUAAGGUUUUGGGGCAGGUAUGGGAUAAUUACGAGGAUGAAUUUAAAUUUGAAGUAUUUAAGUCAGGUGAAAAGGCAAAGGCAUUGCCACCAACAAAGCGAAGUUUGUUAAGUGUACUAGCUAGUCUGUUUGAUCCGCUUGGCAUAAUUAGUCCAAUAAUUGUGUAUGCAAAGAUUUUGUUUCAAGAAGUCUGUAAGGAAAAAAUUGAUUGGGAUGAGGAAUUUGCCGGGGAAACGCGUAGGAAAUGGGAAGCCUGGGUUAAAGACCUUUUAGAAGUUAAGGAGAUAAGUACACCCCGUUGUAUGUAUGCCAGUCCAGUAGAGGAGGUUUUAGAGUGUAGUUUACAUGGGUUUGGGGAUGCAAGUAAAAAAUCAUAUUGCGCUGUUGUUUAUUUUGUGUGUCAAACGAGAUUUGGGGUAUAUGUUCGGUUAUUGACCUCCAAGGCUAGGGUAGCACCCUUGAAACAAACAAGCAUACCCAGACUAGAGUUGAUGUCAGCACGACUCCUUGCACAAGUAGUGAAAUCAGUUAAGGAAGCAUUUGAAAACCAGGUUAGGAUAGAUUCUACUUAUUACUGGCUUGAUAGCAUGACAGCCCUGUACUGGAUAAAGAAUAGAGGUGAAUGGAAGCAAUUCGUAGCUCAUCGUGUGAAUGAGAUUUUAAAACUGACAACGAAAGGAGACUGGGGACAUUGUCCGGGUAAAGAGAAUCCAGCCGAUGUAGGUUCAAGGGGUGAAUUAGGUACACAACUGGAGGGUAACCAGUUGUGGUGGUCUGGACCAAAAUGGCUUAAAAGCCCAAAGAAGAAUGGCCUAAGUUUGAGAGUGCGGGGAAGAGUCAGACGGUGGUAG